GAUUGGUCACUUCCCGGCUCCAUCACCGUACAUCAAAUCGUGGUUCAUUAGCGAGGUUUUGCAUUUUCCCUUCUUCAUCAUAGCGUGUGGAGCACGGACUUGAUUAGAUCUAAUGUUAUCCGGUGUUUUUCCGAUGAAUAGAGCCGAGUGCUUUUGAGAGACAGAUUAGAGCCUUGGCUCAAUUCUCCAGCGGGGUAACAUGAGGAGGAGCAGCCCUGUUGGAGGGGUGCUUGGAACAGCUGCGAGCUGAUAGACGGCCGUGUAACGGUGCGGUGUGCGGAGAGCGGGGGCGUCGACAUGAAACUGGAACCCCGUACAGAACAAAUCGCCCGGAUAUCGCGAUAUGUCGCGCCCAGGGACUAGCCGAUGCAGAAGCAGUGAGCUAGCAGUGCUUUGCACUUUUGUAGGACAGUAGUUUGAUCAUUGAUGUAUUCUUGUGUGUAGUGAAAGUAAUGUUUCGCACAGUCAGGAGCAAGAUGGCGAACAGACGAGCAUUGUUCCCGCUGACAGCUGGGGAGCGGACCGCCGCCUUGGUCAUUUCGCUGUUUGUUUUCCUCGCGUCCGCUGCUAGUAAAGACGAUGUACGGACGUUUGGGAUUCCGCCACAGUUCUCGGUGUUCGUGCCUCACGAUGUCGAGCCCGGAUAUACGGUGGGACGGCUGGUCCGCCCCGCCUUUGUUUCUCCCCAUUGUGAGGGUGCACGCCUGUUCUCCGUGGACAUCAGGACAGGAGAAGUGACCACGCGGAAGAGCCUGGCUGGACACAAAGAUGAAUCCGUGUCACUCGCUGUCUCCUGGCCGGACGGCUCUCGUGAAACGGACAUCCUGUACAUUUCAGUCAUGGAUCGUCAGAAACUGCCAACUAUUCCCUCAGACUUCCAUGUGGGUGCAAUCGGGGAGAACCUCCCCCCUGGCACAGCGGUGGGGGGGUUGGGCAACCUUUGGGUCCACUCCCCUGCUAUGGGUGAACAUUUUCCAGCUGCACACAACUUUACCUAUCAUCUCAUCUCAGACACAGACCUGCCAUUUACACUGGGUCAUCAUGCCACUAAGGAAGGGGAGACAGUGGAAAUAUACACCACCAAGAUGCUGGAUAGAGAGACACAAGGGGAGUAUGACAUGACAGUGACUGUUAGCCUUGGCACUGAGGAUGAGAACUCAGGCUCCAAGGUUUGGGCAUGGGGCUGGAACAGUGUAGCUCGUGCACUGAUACACGUUACUGUUGCUGAUGACAAUGACAACCCUCCUGUGUUCACGAAUGAACAGUAUGAAGCAGAAAUUCUGGCAACCACAGACAGGAAGCCUGUGGUUCAAGUUCAUGCAGUAGACCCAGAUAAUGGUAACAAUGCCACAGUUGUGUACUCCCUCAGUCCCUCAGUUCCAGGCUUCACAAUCGUGCCAAAGACAGGACAGAUCUGGACGACGGGCUCAGCACACCUAGGGACUCAGAAUAGACACCACCUAGUGAUCCACGCACGUGACAGUGGCGAUCCUUCACUAGUCAGCCAGCCAGCUUCUAUCAUAGUCCAGGUGGUAAAGUCAGGGGAUGAAUCUGACAUUGACAAGAGCAUGGAAAAGAGCCGUUCCAAACGACGAGCUCUUCCAAACAUCCAAGUUUCCAUGGCAGAAAAUGCUGAAGUCAGCUCCCCGAUACUCGAUGUCAACAACCAGCCAUCGGAUCCAGUCAACGAUCAGUUCACCAUCAUCUAUCCCGAGCCAUCUCGCCGCCGUGUCACCAUCGACGGGUCGACAGGCGUUGUUCGUGUGGGAAAGCUGUUAGACCGAGAGGAGCAGGAGUGGGAAAAUGUCACUGUGGAGAUCACCAACCCUUACAGGCAAACCAACCGUGUGAAUGUGAACAUCCGACUGACAGACUUGAACGACAAUUCGCCGCAGUGGACCAUGGUGCCAUUCCCGUAUCAGGCUGUAGUACCCGUCAAUGCCCCUCGUGGCACGCUUGUGUACCAGCUGACAGCAGAGGACAAAGAUCUGGGAGAAAAUGCAGAGUUCCAGUUCUUCCUGGAGUCAGAUGGUGAUGGGAGAUUUGAACUGGACACAUCGACAGGUGACGUGACUACAUCAGGCCUGCCCUUCACCGCAAAUCAGGAAUACAUUGUCCAUGGCCGCGCCCGUGACACGGGUAGAAACGAGAGUCCACAGGCUGUGGUGUCGAUCAUCGCUGGGAAUAGGCCGCCUCAGUUCAUGCAGCAGACGUAUGAUGUGACCGUGCCGGAAGAGACGCUUGACCAGUAUCCUGUUGUGCAGGUGGAGGCCAUGUCUUUCAGAGGCUCCAGGAUCAGCUACAGUCUGAAGAGCAGCAUGGACAUGUUUGCCAUCAACCGGCUGAAUGGGCAGAUCACCCUGCAUCGGGGCAUCGACUACGAGACAGAACAGAGGCAGUACACGCUGUCGGUGGAGGCAACGGAAACAGGCGUCAAUCCCAUGAGUAGCAUUGUGCAGGUCCGAGUGACUGUGGCAGAUAUAAACGACUGCACACCAGAGUUUGCCAAUCCCAUCUACAGCCAGAGGGAUGUCGUGGAAAACAUCCCUUCAACUAAGGCCAUUCUACAAGUGUCAGCUAGUGACUGCGACAGCGAUGAAAACCAGCGGAUCACUUAUUCAGUGGACGACGACGCCCACUUCCGCAUCGCCAGUGAUGGAACCAUCUAUCCCAACAGCCAGCUGGACUACGAAGUACCCAACAACAUGUACGAGUUUCUGGUAAAGGCAGUGGACCACGGCACUCCUGUACUGACAGGGUCGGCCACAGUCCGGGUACGCAUGGCAAACAUCAAUGACGAGCCGCCCGUCUUCUCGCAGAGAACCUACACGACCUUUGUUGCAGAGGACGCUGAACCCGGUGGACUGGUCGCAACGGUACACGCUACUGACAUGGACGGAGACGGUAUUACGUACGCCAUCACCGGAGGGAAUGAUGGGACAUUCGUUAUUGAUGCCAAGGAUGGCAUAAUCAGACUGAGUGACAACCCUUCCCUACAAGGAUCCCACUACACCCUUAAUGUCACAGCCACGGAUGACAAUGCUUCAGGAGGACCAGGCAGUCUGACUGGCACGGCUGUAGUUGUUGUUGGUAUUAAUGACAUCAACAACAACAAACCUGACUUCACACAGUGUGCUGAGUAUGUUCCUAGUGUACCAGAGGGACAGCCUUCAGGGACAUUUGUCAUACAGGUGACAGCCUCUGAUGCUGACCAGGGUAGCAACGGCAGAGUCACCUACUCCAUUGUGCACCGUGAGGACAGUGAAACAAUGUUUAACAUCGAUGCCGACAGCGGGGAAAUCUCCACAGCAGUAGUGUUUGACCGAGAGGAGAGACGAGAACAUGCCGUGACUGUCACUGCCACAGACAAUGCUGAUAACCCUCUGAUUGGCGUGUGUCAGCUGAUAGUGCACAUCACAGAUGUCAAUGACAAUGACCCUGUAUUUGAGAAUAACAAGUAUGCAGCGGUGCUGAGUGAGAACACAGCCCUGCACACCAGCUUCCUGCGAGUGGCAGCACAAGAUGCUGACAUGGGCACCAACGCUGAGAUCCUCUACUCCCUUUCUGAGGAGGUGCCACAGUACCUGGGCAUCGACAGGCAGACAGGAUGGCUGUAUGUCAAAAGUGCCAUCUCACAGACACAGCGGAUCAUUCGGCGGGUAAUAGCCACAGACGGAGGCGGACGCUCUACCAGUGUGAGGUUGGACGUGGCCAUAACGGAUGUAGAGAAUGAGCCACCGAUGUGGGAGAGGGAAUACCCAGCAGUAACCAUUCCUGAGAACACCCCCAUUGACCAGGUGGUAGCGACUGUCAAGGCCUCCUCCACUCUACUGGACAGCCGCAUCACCUACAGCCUCGUGGAUGGACAGCUACCUGAGACCAACAAGCCAAAGCGGUUCUAUCUGAGAACAAACCGUGCGACAAGAACGGCCGACAUCUGCGUCUUCCACCCGCUGGAUUUCGAAACCACGCCGCGUUUUGAGCUGAAGAUCCGUGCGGAGAACGCCGCCAGAAUCCCGCUGGCCGCGUACACCAUCGUGGAGAUCAGAUUGACAGAUGUGAAUGACGAGGUGCCUGACUUCACUGCGAAGAGUUACGCCAUGAGCGUGGCCGAGCAGUCUCCCAAAGGAACCUUAGUGGGACAGGUCACUGCAGUGGAUGCAGAUACAGGAGAUGCAGGGAAGGUGACUUACUCCAUCUCCCCUGACCCCGACCCCUCGCUGAGAGACUGGGAGAAGUUCAGGAUCGACCCCUCCACUGGGGAGGUCUUCACUAAGGACAUGUUUGACAGGGAAAAGAAGAGCUUCUAUCUGCUGGAGGUGAAGGCUGAGGAUGGAGCUGUGUCAGACAGAGUGGAGCUGAGCAACGUCAACAUUCCAAACUCACGAGAGGCCUAUGUUCGCAUCUCGAUCAGCGAUGUCAAUGACAACUCCCCCACGUUCCCGCGCACACAGUACGAAGCAUCAGUAGAUGAAGACAAGGAUGUCGGUUACAGCGUCGUCACUCUUACGGCAAACGAUGAAGAUGAAGGUGCCAAUGCGAAACUGCGUUAUCAGAUCACUACGGGAAACGUUGGUGGUGUAUUCGAUGUGGUGCCAGAGAUUGGCACCAUCGUUGUUGCUGCUCCCCUGGACUUCGAAGCCGUACAGGAAUACGAGCUGCAACUGGUUGCCUCCGACGGGAAGAACGAGAACACCACAAAGGUCAACAUCAAGGUCAACAACAUCAACGAUGAAGAGCCAGAGUUCACCAGGAAUGAGUACACUGGCAGUAUCAGGGAGGAGGACAGCAACACCCCCAUCCCCAUCCUACAGGUGACUGCACGAGACCCUGACCGAGGUGCGAGUGAUGCGGACAUUCGUUACUCCCUACAAGGUCAAGGGGCUAAUGACGAGUUCAGCAUCAACAUCAUCACGGGUCAGAUCUACGCCUCCAAGUCCCUGGACCGCGAGGAACGUGCUGUGUGGCGCUUCAUCGCCCUGGCAACAGACGAGAAAGGCAGAGGGUUGGUCGGUUUCUCUGAUGUUGCCAUCAGCCUGGGUGACAUCAACGAUAAUGCUCCAGAGUUUAAUGAUGAACCAUAUGUGGGGUCUGUUCUGGAAAACACUGCAGCUGGAACAUCUGUGAUGACUGUGACAGCUACUGAUGCCGACGACCCAGAUGUUGGUAGGAACGCGAAGCUGACGUAUCGUAUCACCAAAAACGCCAAGCAGAACCGGGUCAACUUGUUCCGCAUUGACCGCAACACUGGGAAGAUCUUUACCACAGUGGGAAACCUGGACAGAGAAACUACGAAGGAGUACACUCUAGUGGUGCGGGCGGAAGAUGGUGACGGUCUGUGGGGCACGGGAACAGUCACUGUCCAGGUGGGAGACAUUAACGACAACCCUCCUGCGUUCAAUCAGCGGAUCUACAGCACAACGAUGUCAGAAGGACUGGGAAAGGACGGGAUUGUCACAACGGUGGCGGCGAGUGAUGCAGAUGUUGGUGACAAUGCCCGACUGUUCUACAGCAUUGUCGGAGGGAACAGGAACAACCAGUUCAGGAUGGACAACUCUGACAACAAGGGGAUCGUUCGAGUUAACAGGCGGGUGGACUAUGAGGAACCAACUCAGAGAAAAUUCAACCUGACUUUAGAAGUGCGUGACUUGGACUUCACCAGUAGGGGCUACUGUGUCAUCAAUGUCCUGGACUAUAACGACAACCCUCCCGUCUUCAACCCGGUGUACUAUGAGAAGGAGAUCUAUGAAAAUGCAACAGUUGGAACAUUGUUGAGGAUCUUGUCAGCCACAGACAGAGAUACAGGGAACAAUGCAGUGUUCAAGUAUAGUAUAAACCCAAGCUCAGACCCAGACCAACAGUUCCUCAUAGGUGCCCAGAAUGGGAUCCUGACAGUUAACAAGGCCCUGGACAGGGAAACCCUUCCCCAGCAUAGACUCACCAUCCAGGCCACUGAUAUAGGGCCACCCAGCCUGGUGGGCAACGCUACGUUUGUGGUCAACCUCCUGGACAUCAAUGACAACGGCCCUGUGUUUAAGGAGGACUAUCGUCCUGCUAUUCCUGAGAACACAGAAGGUCCGUUACACGUACAGCUGAUCGAGGCUGUGGACUACGAUUCUGAUCCUCCAAAUGGUCGACCGUUUGUCUACGCUGUCCCAGAUCCCAAUCCUCUUGCAAGGGCAUUUGACUUCAAAGACAAUGGAGAUGACACUGCAGUAGUGACUACAAAACGUUCGUUCGACCGUGAGACUCAGGAGCUGUAUGAACUGCUGGUGAUCAUCUGGGACAGCGGGCAGCCGCAGAUGAGUGCAACUAACACGCUCACUGUAACCAUCGCCAACGAGAACGACAAUCCACACUACGGGGGAACAAAGGAAGUCACUGUGUACAACUUUAAAGGUGCCAUGCCAGACAGCCCCAUCGGGAUAGUGCAUGCCCCAGAUCGUGAUGACGGGGCCUUGGUGAACCCAGAUGUAAAGACGUACAUAUUUGAGAGUACGGAACCAAAGUACUUCUGGUUGAACGAGUCCAGCGGAAUGGCUUACAUUCGUGAGAAGACUCCCGCAGGUCGUCAUACAUUCUCUGUCCGUGUGAGCGAUGGUAUCUGGCCGGACGCUGUGUCCAGCCUGGUGGUCAAUGUGAAGGAAGUCACUGAGGAGCAGCUGGUCAACUCAGGGUCAAUCAGGUUUGAUGGUACCACUGCUGAAGAAUUCAUCACUCCUGGGAAGGAUGGCCAGAGCAAGUAUGACCUGUUCAGACAGGCCAUUGCCAAAGUGGUUGGUGCCCAGGUACAAAACGUGGACAUCUUCUCCGUGCUGAAUGUCCCAAGUCGGAGGUCAGUGGAUGUCCGCUACACGGCCCAUGGUUCACCUGUCUACCCUGCACACAAACUCAACGGGCUGGCUGCACAGAACAGACAGACGCUUGAGGAGCUGGUUGGUCUGACUGUAGCAGAAGUGAACGUGGACCCGUGUGUACAGGAGAUCUGUCAGACAGGAGGCUGCUCCAGCCGACUGGAGACCAGCGACACACCGACACUGGUCAACUCCGGUAGUGCCUCCUUUGUCUCUGUGACGGCCACCAUGGUGCACGAGUGCACAUGCCCACAGAGGGCUGAAGUACGGGGACUCUGUGACUCCAGCCCAUGCUACAAUGGAGGGACAUGUAUAAACACUCCUACUGGAUACAGGUGCAAGUGCAGGAAUGGCUAUGACGGCAUCGACUGCCAGCAGACCAAGCGUAGCUUCAGGGCAAACGGCUUUGCCUGGUUCGACCCCCUGCCCCAAUGUCUGGAUACUAGGAUCUCCCUGGAGUUCAUCACCAAACAUCCAGAUGGUCUGCUGCUGUACACAGGCCCAGUGGCCCCCCUGGCCACGGGAGAGCCGCGAGACUUCAUGGCAGUAGAGCUGGUCAGUGGGAAACCACGACUCACCAUCAACCUGGGAGAUGGGCCACUCCAAUUGGACAUCGCCGUGACAACCACUGUGAAUGACAAGAAGUGGCAUCGUCUGGACAUCAUAAGACAAGGCUCGACCACUCGCUUCAUGUUGGACCGCUGUAAGAACUCAGUCAUCACAGAGACGGUGGGGACGGGGCGUGGCACCAGUGCUGAGGACAGGACUGGGUGUGAAGCUAUCGGGAGGGUUCCUGGCAAGUCCAGGUUCCUGAAUGUUCUGUCACCCCUACAGCUGGGUGGAAUAGCCCAGAAAUCCUUGCCAUACCCAACCCUGACAAACCUUGACUUCCAGGGCUGCAUUCAGAACCUGGUACAGGACACCAAGGUGAUCGACCUUGCUGAAGCCCAGCUGUCCCAGAACAGCGAGGAAGGCUGCACACAGACGGACGCCAACUGUCAGCCUAACAGCUUCACCCCCAUCUGUGGACCUAAUGGCACCUGCGUGGGCACCUGGGACAGCUUCUACUGCACCUGUCAUCCUGGUUUCCAUGGAGACAGGUGUCAGCAGGCUACGCCUGAGUACUCCUUUGACAGCGAGUCAUGGAUCCGGUACCAGCUGAGACGACCAGUGAGUGCGCGGAACACGCAGCAUCAGCUGAUGUUCCGCACAAGAGUUCCUAACGGCCUUCUCACGGCGGCUGCCUCCAGGGACAGGCAGGAGUUCACCAGCUUAGAGCUGAUGAAUGGCAAGGUGCAGUACCGCUUCAACAUUGGAAAUGGUGUCCACAUUGUCCGUUUGGAAGACUUCACUGUUGAUGAUGGGGAAUGGCAUGUGGUGAACGUUGAAAGGUUCGGGAAUGAAGUUUCCCUGAAGUUGGAUGGCGGUGGAGGACAACGAGAGAUAACAAUCGCCUUAGGGAGUCACCGAGAGAUCCUUAUUGACCAGAACAGUGUCCUUGUGGGAGCCAAUGUCACACGAGCAGCUGAGGAACAAAAUGUGUACAACGAUUUUAUUGGGUGUAUAAAUGACAUCCGUCUUAAUGAGGAGUACCUGCCCAUGGAGGGAGAGAACUCCGUUGCUAUGGCAACCACGGAGGGCAUCCAGCCAGGCUGCUGGGACCACGAGGAGUGUCUGAGUGCCCCGUGUGUCAUCCCAUUCGUCUGUGUGGACCUGUGGAGGGGGUACAUCUGCAGGGAUGACUGUGAGAGUGCCCCCUGUCUGAACGGUGGAAUCUGUGACGUCCAUGCCUAUGGCUUUGUCUGCACCUGUCCGGUGGGGUGGACCGGAGUCAUCUGCGACCAGGAGGACCAGACUUCGGCCAGGAUAGUCGGGGUUGUUGGCAUCAGUAUUGGAGCUGUGGUGGCCAUUCUUCUCUGUUUGCUGGUGCUGCUAGUCCUGGUGCUGGCCUGUGUGAUGUACAAGAAACAGCUGAAGGCUGCCACCACCAAGUACCUGGCGGUGGACGGCCACGACGACGUGCGCGAGAACAUCAUCUCGUACAACGACGAGGGCGGCGGGGAGGAGGACCAGGAGUCUUACGACAUCAGGAAGCUGCAGAAGCCUGACAGGGAGUCACCAACACGGGCCAAGAGACCGCUGGAGCCGCGGAUUGACGUUCCUCCGGACGACGUGCCGCAGAUGAGACCGACUCUCCCGCAGGGCGACAAUCCAGAUGUAGCAGAUUUUAUAGGUGCAAGGCUCCAUGAUGCAGACAAUGACCCCACAGCCCCGCCCCACGACUCCAUCCAGCCCUAUGACUAUGAGGGUCAAGGGUCAACAGCAGGCAGCUUGAGUUCACUGACCUCUGCAUCAUCUGAGGACGACCAGGACUAUGAGUAUCUGGACAACUGGGGGCCACAGUUCAGAAACCUGGCAGACAUGUACAGUGGGGCAGGGGGAGGGGCAAGUGCUUAGUGGUGACGUGUAUAGACAGGUGCUAUAAUCAACUAAGUGUGAGACAGAUUAUUAACUGGAUGAGCAACAUAGUUGCAACAAACAUCACUGGUGAACUAACUUCCGUUUAAAUUUAAAUUUAGAGACAUUGUGGAAAGACAUUUGUACUGUAUUUUGAAGCUGUUGCAAACUGUGUUUAAUCAGAUACAGUUAGAUGUAUUUUUGUACUGAUAUGUUUAUAUGUCAAGGUGGUAGCAUGUGCCUAUUUAGUGUGCAUCUAACAAGUGAUCUUAGUACAAAAAGUGGCUUUAGAGUGUAGAGAUAAAGAUGUAGACCAAAAUAUCAACUUAACAGCAAAAGUUUCAAGGACACAGGAAAAUAUGAUAGUGCAGCUAAUAAAGAUUAAGUCCAUGUGUUUAGAGCUCUCACGAUCCCACCUUAAACACCAGUGGAAGGUUAUGUCGAGACUACCUCAGGCCUUUAUCACACAAUGUUUGGUUUUUCAAGGGCUUUUUUUUCAGUUUUUUUACACAGUUAAAAGAUGCAUGAAAAUGCAUGAAAAAGCUCUGUCACAAGAAUUAUCGUCAUAACCAUGUAAUACUAUCAGGGAUUCCAUAUGCAGUUUGAUAUUCUUACAUCAGAUGUUUAUCAGGGAUGUUUUGAUUUUUCUUUUAAGGAUAUAGUUUUUUUUUAUACAUUUGUAAGUAAUGAGCCAUUGUCCAAGCUGAACAGAGCAACAAAGAUGAUUGUACAGAAUGAUGUUUAAGUUAGAAAUGUGUAUCUAAGAAAAUCCAUUUGUUGUCCCCAGAUUUUAACUACAUAAUUAUGGCAAAGGGAAUAAAACUCAAAUCUAAAUGUGCAUCCAAAAAGGUGAUAAAAAAAUCAUCAAAUUCAUUUGAACAAUAAAUUUUAUAUGACCACUCGUGUUCACAACAAACAGCUUGUAGACAAAGGGUGGGCUGGCAGGCCCAUCAGUUCUAUUCUGAGUGGAAGUCUGACUACAAACAAAAGGAAGGAAAUUUAUUCAUAUUUUUGGUUAUCCUGUUUACUUGUGAAUGGAUUCUAUCAGACUGGGUGUACUGGGCUAUGUUAAAUUACGCUCAUGUUACAUCAAAUCUGGCUAUCAUACUGAAUCCACCCUUUAUAUUUAUCAAAGCUGUCUCAGAUGUCUGCCUGUUUUAAUAUUGUGAAGAAUGACCAGUUACUCCUGGCAAAUUCAUGCUGGCUAUGUAUGUUCCAUUUUGAAAACUAGUUUGUUUGAAAUGUGCUGCAA